UAAAUAGUUUUUUUUUCUAUUUUAGAAGACAAAGGCAAGAGAUGAAUAGAGACGAGUUUAUAAAACAUGCUUUUAAAAUGUAUGUGCUUUCAAGCGCCAUUUCCCCGGCACUUUUAAUAUUAAAUGAAUGGUGGAACAGACAGUGCGAAUUAGUAGGCUACUAUUUUUUCAAUAAUUAUUUUCUAUCAUCAUACAUGACCCACUAGGCUUGGCGUUGAAAUGGAAAUUCCAACCACGAGAUGUCGCUUUUGCUUGACUUAUUUUUGAAAAAGUGGAUCUCUAAUGUAUUACAUUACCAAGUAUACCGUUGUCCACAGCUCUGUGUCUGUGUCCGAAGCCUUUCUUCAGAUCAAGUAUUUCAGUGUUAUUUUUUUAACUCACAUCCUACUGUAGAUUUAAUUACAUGUACAUAGAAAAUGGUAUAUAAAUUAAGUUUUUUUGUCUUUUCUUUUUGCAACUACACACUAACAUCAACAUGUUUGCAUAAUUUGCUCAAAACAAUCAACUUUUUUUGUUUUAUUAGAGUAUUAACUCGAGUUUUCUAGAAUAAAAUUAGUGGAGCAUUUGUAGAUCAUUUACAGUGCAGCUGGAGUCAUAGUACAGCACUGAAACAUCUGAGGAUCACACCCUAACGAAUUCCAACGUGUUACAGUGUACAAACCAGCCUUUCCGAAUAUUCACAAAUUAUAGGCUUAUAGGCUAAAAUUGUAUUAAGAUAUAGUGAUUAAGAAACAAACGGCGUUCACGCGGUCUGUAGUCGUCUUAUCUGCGUUUUAUGCCUUUGGGCAAGGUGCAUUAUUCACAUAUGGUCUCCAUGUUCCUUCUUCAUCUUUAAGCCUGUGUAUGAUGCUUGACCAGAGAGUAGCAGCAGCGUCGGGUCCAACAGGGCCGCUCCAGUACCGCACUUACUCAGCCCUCUCCGCGCACUAACUGACGUGUUUUGCGCAUUUCCUGGACCAGCCUUCAGACACAUACAGUCGGGAGAAAAAGAGGCAGGUCUGCAGGAAACUGAGUACCGACGGACAAACAAGGAUCCUGGGAGAAGCAAGUGAGAACGGAACCCUUGAAAACACUCAUUCUCCUGUCAGGAGCGCAUCGAAAGACGCUUUUGCGGAGAUAACUUUCCUCCCAAUGCGCGGAGGAGACACGUCCAGCGUUCCAGCCAGUCGAUGGAACGGGCAGCUCACCCAGAGGAGAUCCAGCAUAUAUUUCUGGCAUGUUUUGAGGUGUGGAAUGCUGGUCGAGUCGCUGCUGAUACGCUGUAGCUCUGUCUUUUCGCUCCAACUUGGAUUGCUGACUGCAUGCAGGGUGUUUGGACAGCUUCAAGAUCACAUGCAGGUUGUCCGUAGGUCAUAGCAACAGAUCCCCUCUACCUUCUACACACUGCAUGAAGAUCCACGCGGACGAGGAAGGGCAUUUCCCGCUAUCUCAUAAAUAAAAACAAUCUUGAAAACACACCGGUGGACCGUGACAUACACUGGUUAAAUAAUUAACCAGGCGCUGAAGUGGAAUAUUGUUACUAAAGCUCUCGAAAGUGGCCAUGGUGGUUUUUAACGGUCUGCUGAAAAUUAAAAUCUGCGAGGCUUUGGACCUAAAGCCCACAGCUUGGUCUUUGAGACACGCCGUCGGACCCAAGACUCAAACCUUUCUGCUGGACACGUACAUCGCCCUCAACGUAGACGACUUUCGCGUGGGUCAGACUUCGACCAAGCAGAAGACCAACAGUCCCGCCUGGCACGAUGAGUUAGUGACGGAGGUGCACGAUGGACGGAAGAUUGAGCUGUCGGUGUUUCAUGAUGCACCGAUUGGCUACGACGACUUUGUGGCCAACUGCACCAUUCAGUUCGAGGAACUGCUGCAUAACGGCAGCAAACACUUCGAGGACUGGAUAGACUUGGAGCCAGAGGGAAAGGUCUUUGUCAUUAUCGACUUGUCUGGAUCAUCCAGUGAAGCUGGUGGCUGUGAGAAUGAGGAGCGCGUGUUCCGAGAACGCAUGCGUCCCAGGAAGAGGCAGGGAGCUGUCCGGAGAAGAGUACAUCAAGUCAACGGACACAAGUUCAUGGCCACCUACCUGAGACAGCCCACCUACUGCUCACACUGCCGCGAUUUCAUCUGGGGUGUAUUAGGAAAGCAAGGUUAUCAGUGUCAAGUGUGCACCUGUGUAGUUCAUAAACGCUGCCAUGAACUGAUCAUCACUAAAUGUGCAGGUUUGAAGAAACAGGAGGACACCGCAGAGGAGGUAGGAUCCCAGCGUUUCAGCGUCAAUAUGCCUCAUAAAUUCCGUAUUCAUAACUACAAAGUCCUCACAUUCUGUGACCACUGCGGUUCAUUACUGUGGGGCCUGCUGCGGCAAGGGCUUCAGUGUAAAGUUUGUAAGAUGAAUGUGCACAAGCGUUGUGAAAUUAAUGUAGCUCCUAACUGUGGAGUGGACGCCAGGGGCAUCGCUAAGGUGCUGUCUGACCUUGGAGUCACUCCAGAUAAACUCUCCGGCAGCGUCCAGAGAAGAAAAAAGAUCUCUCAGGGUCCAGAUCCACAUCCCUUACCCAUAUCUCCACUGUUAGAAGAGGACCGAUGCAAAUCUGCACCCACAUCACCAUGUGACCAGGAUAUAAAGGAUCUGGAGAACAUCAGGAAGGCACUUUCGUUUGAUCACCGCAGUGAAGAGAUGAAACAGGCCUCAGAGGGGGUCUCAGAGGAGACGGGGGAGGCCAGGGAGAACGGAGAGGUGAAGACGGUUCAAGCCAAAAGGAUGAUGCUGGAAGACUUCUCCUUUAUCAAAGUGCUUGGAAAAGGCAGCUUUGGCAAGGUGAUGCUGGCUGAGUUAAGAGGCACUGAUGAGGUUUUUGCUGUGAAAGUGUUGAAGAAAGACGUUAUCCUGCAGGACGAUGAUGUAGACUGCACAAUGACUGAAAAACGCAUUCUAGCCCUGGCCAGGAAACAUCCCUAUCUUACACAACUCUACUGCUGCUUUCAGACUAAGGACCGUUUGUUCUUUGUUAUGGAAUAUGUGAACGGUGGAGACCUGAUGUUCCAGAUACAACGAUCCCGCAAAUUUGAUGAAGCUCGUUCCCGGUUUUACGCUGCUGAAGUGACCUCAGCCCUCAUGUUCUUGCACCACAACGGGGUCAUUUACAGGGAUUUGAAACUAGACAACAUUCUGUUGGAUGCAGAAGGUCACUGUAAGCUGGCAGACUUUGGCAUGUGUAAGGAGGGAAUCCUGGAUGGCAUCACAACCACAACAUUCUGUGGCACACCAGAUUAUAUUGCCCCAGAGAUCCUUCAGGAGCUUGAGUAUGGUCCAUCAGUGGACUGGUGGGCUCUAGGUGUGCUGAUGUAUGAGAUGAUGGCCGGACAGCCUCCUUUUGAAGCAGAUAAUGAGGACGACCUUUUUGAGUCCAUUCUCCAUGAUGACGUCCUGUAUCCUGUUUGGCUCAGCAAAGAGGCAGUCAGUAUUCUUAAAGCGUUCAUGACGAAGAGCCCCAGUAAGCGGUUGGGUUGUGUAGUUUCCCAAGGACUGGAAGACGCUAUUAAAGUGCAUCCAUUCUUCAAAGACAUCGACUGGGUACUUCUAGAACAGAGGAAGGUCAAGCCGCCAUUCAAGCCACGUAUUAAAACUAAAAGGGACGUCAACAACUUUGACCAGGACUUCACCCGUGAGGAGCCGGUGCUCACCCCAGUGGAAGACGCCAUCAUCAAGCAAAUCAACCAAGAAGAGUUCAAGGGUUUCUCUUAUUUCGGGGAAGAGACCCUGUCUUAAUGCUGAAACCUCCAUCUCCUGCGCUGUACUUUGCGCACAUCUGCGCUGUGAACGCUGUGAAAGCCUAUGAGCUCACCGUAGAUCAUCAUUUACCAAGAAUUUGAUGCUUUAAACGAAAAGUAGCGAGUUAGGCUUUACGAUCUUUCCUGCUGACGACACACAACAGAAUCCCACACGUUCACCAAAUGAAACUGAAACGAGUUGACCUGGUUUAAUGUAUGUAAAAUAGUGAGCUAUACCUAAGGGAGCUCAUGUGAUAUAAGUAAAGCAGCUAGUUAGAUCUCAGAAUUUUGUAGACGGUCAUUUUAGGUUCAUUUCUUCUCCCAUAAUGCAGUGUAGCAGGGUUUUGGUACCUCUGGAGUCAACACAUCUACACUAGAACUGCUUUGAAAUGCAAAAAAAAAAA